AUGUCGACCAUUUCCGAAGUCUCGAGUUUGGCUCAGUGGGAUCAGGUCCUUGGUGCCGCGGCGCCAUCGACCCUCCUCGUCGUCUCUUUCCACGCACCCUGGGCCGCUCCCUGCGCGCAAAUGGCCACGGUCCUAUCCACACUCGCCUCCGAAUACCCCGUCACGUCGCCGCCGAGCACGCAAUGGUUCUCGAUCAACGCCGAGGAGCUGAGCGACAUUAGCGAGACGUACGACGUCACGGCCGUGCCCUUCCUGGUGCUGCUGCGCGGCGGCCAGGUCCUCGAGACGGUCAGCGGCAGCAACGCCGUCAAGGUGCGCAACGCCAUCGAGUCACACGCGGGCAAGAGCCCAGAGCCCGGGACCGGUGCCAACGGAACCGGCGCCGCCGCCGCGGCUGUCGCCACCAACCAACCCCAGGCUGAUCCCGAGACGGAAAAGGCGGAUUUGUUCAAACGUUUGGAAGAUCUCGUCAAGGCGGCACCCGUCAUGCUGUUCAUGAAGGGCACGCCCAGUUCUCCUCAAUGUGGCUUCUCGCGACAGAUGGUUGGCAUCCUCCGCGAGAAUUCGGUCAAGUACGGCUUCUUCAACAUUCUGGCCGACGACGAGGUUCGUCAGGGUCUCAAAGAAUAUGCCGAAUGGCCGACGUACCCUCAACUGUGGAUGGACGGUGAGCUUGUUGGUGGUUUGGAUAUUGUUAAGGAAGAGAUGGAGAGCAACGGAGAGUUCUUCAAGGCGUACACGGCCGCGGCGGAUGUUGCGGUAGCAUGA